GACAGCAUCAUCAGUUCCAGGUGGCAUAAAUACUGAACCAGUCUGUCAGCCGUCCCCUCUGUGCAUUCAACGUCUCUGAGGUGUCAAUCUCUCUGAUCAUCAUGAGGGUGUUUGCAGUGAUCCUCGCCCUGGCCCUCACCUCAGGCUGCCAUGGACGAAGCCUGCUGCAGGAGAGCACUGCUGAGAGGUUUGAGGACUACCUAAGAAACUUGAGCCCCAAAGCCGAUGACCUGAUGGACUACAUCGAACGCUCGGAGGUCCGCAGAGAACUGAAUACCCUGAUGCAGGACACCAUGGCCGAGCUGAUCGACAUGGAGCUCAAGCUGGCCCCCUAUGCUCAGGAUACAGCUGAGCGCCUGGGCCAAGACCUGAAACUGCUGGCAGCCAAGCUGCGUGCUCACAUUUUGGACGCCAUGGAGCAGGUCAGCGACUACAGCAGAGAGCUGCAGGUCGUGGUGGGGCAAAACACAGAUGACGUCCGGGUCAGAUUCAACGCUUACCUCCACAAGCUUAAGAAACGCCUGACCAAGGACACACAGCAGAUUAACAUGAAAGUCACCACCUAUCUGGAGGAGGUUCAGUCCCGCACCUCUGACAACAUGGAGACCAUGAGGAUGCGCAUCGAGCCCUACUUCUCCCAGGUGCGUGACAAUGUCGAGGCAAAGAUGAGCACCCUGAACCAGCUGCUUAAAAAACAGGCGGAGCAGAUGUGGGACAGGGUUCAGAGCACAGCCGUGGAGGUCGGCGGACGGGUGGAGAGAACGGCUGAGAAUCUGCGUGGCACACUGGAGGAGAAGAUGGUGGAGCUUCGUCAGUGGUUUGAGCCUUACACCACCAUGAUCAGAGAGAAGAUGGAGGCCUUGUAAAGACAAAAAAAUUGAAUAAUAACAACCUAGACUGUUCACCUUUACCAUUUAGUUUCUGUACUAAUAGCUCCAUCCAGAAGUAACAACUGUUCAUUGCUAAUGCCAACCACAGUCCAUAUGUAAUCAAGGCAUCUUUGUUUCACUGUCACUCAAGGAACAGCAAUAAUAAUAAUAAUAAAAAACACCUGCAUACA